AAGCAGCGACGGGGCGAGGGCGGCGAUGAGGAGGGCGGCGUGAGUGAGUCCGGCCAGCCGCGGCGCCUGGGCGAGCGCUGCUGGGCCGCCUGCCUGGCCAGGCUUAAGCUAAGGACAUGGUGACAGAUUUUGAUGAAAAACAUGAUGAGCACAUAGUAUUGCUUCAGCAGAGAAACAGGAUAUUGAAACAACUCAAAAGGAAAGAUCCCCUGCAGAUCAAGCUAGAGCAGCUGGAGCAAGGAUUUGCUCUCUAUGUGAAUGGUGCGAAUUCAGAACUAAGUAACCAUCGCAAGAAAGCCAACCCUCAGAACUCUUUCAGAGGAGACGUACGGACUGCAAGAGCCAACUAUGCUGGCACAAGAACCCCACUAAAAGAUGUGCAAGGGAGGAACACACAAAGUGCCCCAAGCAAAAUCCAGCGUCGAGAGUGGCUUCAGAAGGCUGUGCAGAUCAAGACAGAGGGCGGCUCCAGGCUCCACGUUGCUCCUCCUCCUGUGUACUCUGAGGAUUUUGAACUGGAUGAAAGCCUGGCCCCCGCACCCAGUGACUGCGAGCAGGACGGCUCUUCCCAGGAGCUCCAGCAGAGCUUGGAAUUCUCGGAUGAAGGCUGCUCAGAGGGGGAAGACUCUGACUCUGUGGAAGAGGACGUGCCUGCUGAGCCCCUUGAAGCAGAAGAGCUCCUGGGCUGUUCUGGUGAAAGCACCGGCCCAUUCCUCGGCAGCGCAGAGCUGGGAGCGGCCUGCGGUGCAGCUGCUGGAUCUCUCGUUGUGCUGGAAUUCAAGCCUCCCGGCCCACGUGUGAAGAAUGAGCGUAGUCUUUCCGCCAAAAGGAAAGGUGGUGUGGAGCCCUACAUCCCCACCAGGCCUGAGAGCUCCUCAGCCCGGCCCUGUCCAGCGGAGUGCCCCUGUCCGGAGGAACCAGAGGGAGCCGCCUCCAGGCCAGUAAGCCGGACCAAUAGGCCACUCUCGGCAACGCGAAAGAAUGUCUGCGAGAAGAAGGACCCGGCACACUCUGCUUCCAUGGUCCUGAAAGCUGUGCAAGCAGAAAACGAGACCCUCCAGAAAGUGGUUCUUUGUAGGCAGCUGGAGACCUUGGCUGAUCCCCCAAGAGCUGACUUGGAGCAGGCAGUUCACGCAGAGCGACCUGCUUCCCCCCUCUCCGAGCCUCCCAAGCAGCAGCACGAAGGAACAGUGGUCUCCACGCUGACAGAAAGGACUGGGCCUCUCGGGAACAGGCAACCGAAGAAAUUCUUGAAAGUGCUUCAGGAGAUAAAGAGCCAGUCUGAUCUCCAGGGCCCUGAGCAGCCAGGGCCUCACGUCCUGGAUCAGCAGGAACCGGAGUGGGGGAUCUGCGAUGCCAUUUAUAUCACUCUGGAGGUCCUCUCCAACUGGGGCAGUCCAGCGAGGGUGGGCCUGGCGGAAGUGGAGUUCUACGACUUGCAUGACAGGAAAGUGUUUGUGUCACCUCACGACGUGGACAUCAGGCACGCUGAGGCUCCGGGAGAACUGUGGCGCCUGGUCAACAGAGGCCUGAACGUCGGCAGAGACCAUUCCCCCUGGACGUGUCUCUUCCAGCCGCCGGUGCAGCUGUACUUUGUGGUUCGAAAUCCCAGCCUGUCGGGUGACUUUGGGCUCUCCCGGAUCAGGAUUUGGAAUUACAGUGCCCCUGUUCCUGACGAUCUUGAUAUCGGAGCGAGGAAUGUCCUUGUUUAUGUCGAUGGGAACCUCGUCUUCGCUGGUGAGCUGCCAAAAAGCUGCGUAACCACCAAUGUCAAUGGUGGCAGCUGCACCACCAUUGGCCUUCCGGCACGCACCUCGCUCCCUCUGAAGGAGAGGGAAGAGAAGAGCUGGCCCGCUGUGGACCAGAGCCAGGAGUCGGAUCUGCCACCCACCUUGGGAGGAAAUUGCCUCGGGGAAAGGGGGAACUCCGUCGGUCUUGCUGAGUUGGAGGAAGGCCUCCGAGCAGCGCCAGGCCCUGGUUUCCCGGCAGAUGGCAAGAGCUCCCUCUCGGCAGAGACUGCAGAACUUGCCCAGUCUGCGGAGGAGCUCUCGCUAAGUGAGCAGAUGGAAAAACUUUCCAGAAGGCCUCUGCCUGAGUUGCCCAGUUUAGCUUCCCGCUCUUGGAUCCUGUCCUCUGCGGGGGGCAAAGGAGAGAGCCCAGUUGGCGUUCCUAGGCCAGAGCUGCCGCCGUGGCUUGUGUCUGAGCCCCUGCUGGACCUGCAAGCCCAGCUGCCCUCCGAGAGCACGAGCAGAGGCUCCUUCACGAUAACGGGCUGCAGCCCCCAUCUCGGUUAUGCUGAGCUUGAGCAAUCCAACAGUGGGACUCCAGAUGUGGGCGAGAAGCCCACGCCCGGGAGCGCAAGAAAGGGGUCCGCCUCUGACCUGGACAAGUCUCUGAUAAGCUGGCUGCCUUUCAAGUCCCCAGCUGAGCUGCUUCCUCCAGGGCAAAACUGUGGAGGCGGAGAGAAUAAUGAGCUCGGCCAUGCCGUGUGCCGGGAAGAAGCACCACCUGAGGCGGGGGAGGCGGCAACCGCUGCCAGAGGCUGCAGGAGGCCCUCCCGUGCCCGAUGGACUGGGUCCCAGGACCUCGCUCUGCAGGAGUCCUGGAACUCCCUCCUGACAUUCAACCACUUGCAUCGAGGACGCAUCUCCAACAUGGACUUCCAGGGGGACAUUUUCGAUGAGUUUCUUCACCAGCAGAAAAUCAGUCGGCAAGGGAAUCCCAAACUCCCAAUCAAGGAGGGUGGGCAGGUGCUGCCAAAAUGGCCGGAAAGCGAGACCUGCCCGGACUUGGAGGAUGGGAGCGACUUUAAGAUCCCGGUCCUGCCCUACGGACAGCACCUGAGAAUCGAUAUCCAGUCGACCUGGGGAGACAGGCACUACGUUGGCCUUAACGGGAUCGAGCUGUUCAGCUCCCAGGGAAAGCCCAUCCACGUGGCCCACAUCAAAGCCGACCCGCCAGACAUCAAUGUCUUGCCGGCCUACGGCAAAGACCCCCGCGUGGCAGCCAAUUUGCUGGACGGCGUGAACCGGACGCAGGACGACAUGCACCUCUGGCUGGCUCCCUUCACGCCUGGGAAGCCCCACUGCAUCUCACUGGACUUUGCGAAGUCGUGUGAGGUGGCCAUGAUCCGCAUCUGGAACUACAACAAGUCUCGCAUCCACUCAUUCCGGGGUGUGAAGGACAUCUCCAUGGUGCUGGAUGGGCAGUGCAUCUUCGCAGGGGAGAUCGCCAAGGCUUCUGGGACACUUGCCGGAGCUCCAGAGCAAUUUGGGGACACCAUCUUGUUCACAACCGACGAGGAGAUUCUGGAGACCAUCUUCUGUUACGAUGAGUCCUAUGAUGAGGAAGCAGAAAAUGUUGGCAGCCGGAGGUAUGAAGAAGAGCUGAAGAGGCCAAGAACUGCCGAUGGGGAGGGGGAUGAGAGGCCCUUCACACAAGCUGGUUCCAGGAUGGAAGACAAGCAGAGCCAGAAGCAUGAUGCUGUGCCAGAAUCCAUUCCAGAGAUGGUGACCACGGAGCCUGGCAUCUACGCCGGAAAGUGCCUCCUGCUAAACUUCACUGCUUCUUGGGGAGACCUGCAUUACCUCGGACUGACGGGGCUUGAGGUGGUUGGAAGGGACGGCCAGGCAAUCCUGCUCUCCGUGGAUCAGCUUUCUGCCUCCCCUCGAGACCUGAAUGAUCUCAUGGAGUACGUGGACGAUUCCAGGACCUUAGAUAAAUUAAUUGAUGGAACGAACGUCACUACCGAGGACGAGCACAUGUGGCUGAUUCCCUUCAGCCCAGGAGAAGAUCACACGGUCACCAUCCACUUCGCUCAAGUGGAAGCCGUGGCGGGCCUUCGCCUCUGGAACUACAACAAGUCCCCCGAGGACACAUACCGAGGGGCGAAGGUGCUGCACGUGUGGCUGGACGGCUGCUGCCUCUCCCCGCCGGGGGGCUUCCUCGUCCGCAAAGGGCCCGGCAACUGCCACUUCGACUUUGCCCAGGAGCUGCUCUUCGUGGACUGCCUGGCGGGAGUCCCGCCGACCCCCGCACGCCAGCGCACGGCCCUGAGGAAGACGGAGCGGGCGAGCAUGGACUACGAGGCCCCACUGAUGCCCCGCGGGUUUGUUUUCCAGUUCCAGCUGCUGACCAGCUGGGGCGACCCCUAUUACAUCGGCCUGAGUGGGCUGGAGCUCUACGACGACUGCGGGGAGAGAAUUCUCCUCCGCGAAAGCAACAUUGCUGCCUUCCCCGAGAGCGUCAACAUCUUGGAGGGCGUCUGUGGAGAUGUCCGGACACCAGACAAGCUCAUUGACGGUGUGAAUGGCACCAGUGAUGGGAGACACAUGUGGCUUGCACCAAUUCUUCCAGGCUUGGUGAAUCGUGUCUAUGUUAUCUUCGACCUGCCCACGAGAGUCUCCCUGAUCAAGCUGUGGAAUUAUGCAAAGAGUCCCCAGAGAGGAGUCAAGGAGUUUGGACUCCUCGUCGAUGACCUGCUUGUGUACAACGGGAUCCUGGAGAUGGUGGACCACCUGGUGCCGGGCAUCCUGCCCACCUGCGAGCCCACGGUCCCCCACCACACCAUCCUCUUUACUGACGAUGAGAAGGUCUGCCGGCAGGAGAAGCAUGCCCUGAUCAGCAAUGAAAUGGGGGACCAGGAAGUGCGGAUGAUGAACGAGAACCAAGUCAUCUCCUCCUCGCGAAAGAGGCAGGUGCCUGCUGACCAAGCUCUUCGCCCCAGAACUUGCAUUCAGGACAAAGGCCUGCUGUGGAGGGCGAAGCAGUGACGCAGAGAGGGCCCCACAGCGGCCAGCCUGGGCUUCUCCACUCCGGCCCCGGCCACCAGCCAGAGAGGCCAGCGGCUGGCCCAGGGCGGCCUGGACGAACAGCCCUGGCGGUGGCUGCUUGGCAGGCGCAGCCAGAAGUUCUCCACUGCAGCUCCAUUAAACGAUUCCCG